GUUCUUCUGCGGUUUUUUACGUCGUUCUUUUCCCGCUCCACCAGCACGGAAAAUUUAGAUUACAUCACUAUUCGGAAUAUCAAUAGCUACGCCUUCUAAAGUCCAAUAAUACGACCAUGCGGAGGGCGCGUCCGGGCGCCGUGUCGCUCGUAGCGGCCUUUACUGCUCUCACCGAUGCGGCCAAAUCCCCGGAAACCAACGGCAUCGCCAAGGUGCUAGAAAUGCUUGCUGGCAUGAAGGAGAAGGCGAUCAAGGAACUGCAGGAUGAGAAAGUAACCUUCGCCAAAUUUUCCCAGUGGUGCGACGACACGAAGAUAGAAUUGGACUCGGCGAUAAAGAAGGGCGGUACCAUGAUCGACGAUUAUGCAUUGCAAAAGGAAUAUUGCACUAAGUCUAGUAGGAGGUCUCGUGGCAAGAUUUCUAAAGAGGAAAAAAUGCAGUUUGUGAUGCUGUUUCACCUAAGGUGGGAGAUAUGUCAUGCGCGAUUGCAACUAAUACGAGAACGAGUGCCGCGAUACUUUUGCACAGAAUAACAAAUACACCGGGGCAAUCGCGAUGAACGAAGGAAAGAGCACGGAGCUCGCAAGCGAAAUCGAGGAACUCGCUGGUAAAAGAAUUAUACUCUUUCAAAGUUACAUGCUUCUUUAAAUUUGCAUGUAGUGGCGAUUUCGAUGAAGUUAGAAUUUGAGUUUUAGACUCAUACAUAAUGACGAUGUGUAGAUGUGGACGCAAUGCAAAAUUUUUGCUUUUGGCCCUUCAGAUACAAUAUAACACAUUUAAAAAAUACCAGCUUCCUCCGCCGCUCUGACCGAAAAGAAAAACGCGGAAGUCGCCCGUCGAGCGGAAGAAGCCUCUGCCAGCGCGAAGAUAAAGGCGGAAAUCCAGGAAAACAUCAUCGCGGUGGGCAAGGCGAUUGAAGUUUUGAAGGCCGAACCAAAGUCCGUCGCGUUUACGCAAACGAAAAAGGAGGCUUUGAUGCAAAUGGAGCAAUCUACCGCCAUGUCCAGUAGGCAGAAGGAGAUCGUGUCGCUGUUGGUCACAGGUACUUUUGUUUUUCGCGAAGAUGAAGUCAAAAGUUUUUAAUUAUUUUGAAUUUUGCAGCAUCACAUCGAGGGAUAAUUGUCAUUAGCUUUGCUUUGUAUGGUAAGUUUUUAACUUGUUCAAUGGCGCAAAGGGAUUUGAACAGCGACAUUUUCCUACAUGAUGUACUUCUAAAUCAAAAUUAUCCAGGUGUCCCUGCGUACGAGAACCAGUCCGGCGGUGUUAUCAAGAUGCUCGAGGACUUGAUGGACCAGUUCGUCGCGGAGAAAUUUAAAGAAGAGAAGGAAGACAGCAUCAAAGCCGCCGCUUCCGACAAGAUCGUGACGAAUUUAAACGUAUCAAAUGCAAAUACGUCUGGGUCAUCUGGAGGAGCAAAAGGUUUGUCAUGCAGCUUUCGCAUGAGCCAGAAAGUCUGGAAUGCGGGCCGUAGCAUCACAAGUUAAAGUUUUGAGAAGGUUUCCCUAACUGUUGAAUCCAUACGAGAACUCCGCAUGAGAAUGGCAAUCAAAAGAGAGGACUUCUUCUUUUCCUGGUCACGCAAUACAGAUUUCUGCGUCGAUCAGAUUUAGCAUGACAAACUCGAACUCUUCCACACCCAGACAUGUUUGCAUUUGAUAAAACGGCCAGAUCCGCUUGGUUGAAGAAGACAAGACCCGCUCUGAGGGCGCCAAGGCAAAGCACGACGCCGCCGCGGGAAAGGCGAGCGAGGACAAAGCGGACGCUAUCCUGAGUAGAAACACCCCUACACCAUAGUCAAGUUGAUAAAUCUGCAACACAAAAAAACUCAAAGUCAUGGGAGUAUAUGCAUGACAGGUUCCUGUCUGCAGCGUAGUGCUGGUUAGCGAGGACAGCCGCAUCACAAAGAUGGCCCCUUAUGCUGUUUACAGCACCACAAAUCCCAGAACACGACUACAAUCGCCACGCAUGAUGCGGAUGCGCAUUACAAAUGAUUCUGUGGAUGCAAAUCUGCAAGACAACUAGGGGGUGGGGAUGUUUUUACUCAGGAUAGACGCGGAAGAGACGCUCGCGAAGAAUGUGAAAAACGAAAAGCAGAUGUCCGCGACGUGUGCGAAGAAGCACGCCGACAUGGACGUCAGGACCCAAAUAUGAAGUGCAAAAGUAUCGUACUCGUAUAAGUGCAUGACAAAUUCCCUCAGCGUGAGAAUUAAGAUUUGUAAUGCGUAUUUACUUUGAGGAAAAACUUGUAACUAUGCAAGACUUGCAUUUAUACGAAUGCGAUACUUUUGCACAGGAUACCAGACCAGAACGGCGGAGAUCGAAGCGAUUGGCAAGGCGGCGGAGACUAUGAUACACAAAAGUUCGUCACAAGGACAAUAAUCACUCAUGUUGCGCAUUUUUGCAAUACAAACACAAACGUGUCUAUCAUGUGCAAUAAAAAUUCACCUUCACCACAUUGUUCGAGUUUCGUACGCGAGUUGCCGUGUGUUUGUUCGCCAAAAGAUGAAAAAGCUGUGUUGGUAGAAAAAAUUAUCAUUCAAAAUCUGCACCAAAGCAGUAACUGCGGCGAACUUUUUUCCCUUCCAUAGAGACAAUCGAAGGCGUUGCCGGGUUGAAGACCGCUGCGGGUUUGGUGCAGCAGGCGACCACCUCGUUCCUGCAGCUGUCCGCCAACAAAGUGUUCUCCAAACAGCACUCUUCCGACGUCGACGUCGCGUCUCUGCUCCGCACCGCGGGCCAGAAGCAACACAGCAAGCGGCUGCAGCUCCUCGCUUUGAAGAUCGAGUCCCUUUCGUCCGUCGGCGGGCCGUUUGAUAAGAUCAAAAAGAUGAUCGAAGACAUGAUCAUGAAGCUAAAGAAAGAAUCCGCGGAGGAAGCCGGGAAGAACGCCCAGUGCGUCCAGUUAUGCAGUGAAAAAGUAGGGUAGAAGUGGUACUGGUGGAACUGUUGUCGCAUGACAGAUCUCCUUUCAGCUAACUUGAAUGUGCGUGACAAGUUAAAGUUUUCGUUUUUCUUCCUAAAAAUGUUGAAAUUUGUAUUGCAAUUCCCACUAGGACUAGUACCACAAUGCAGGUCUUUUUUGAAUCCAUAAGACUGGAUGAGCGACAACAAGCAAGACAUGGAAGAUUCCCAGGAGCGGCUCGACGCACUGAAGAUCGAGAUCGAGAAGCAAACCUCCACCGUUGAGUCUUCCACUGCGAAGUUAGCGGAGCUCGCCGACGAGGCUGCGAAGGCGCAAUCCACCCUCGCAAAGGCGUAUCACGAGAAAAAAGUGUUACAGUUACCCAGGUGUUGGAGUUUCUGCAUCACAGAUUUUCUCUUGGUGGCAGAGAAAACGUGUAAUGCGAAGAUCAUAAGCGAAAGCAGGAACAAAACGAGGCUCCCAAGCAUUUCCUGCAUGAGAAAGGUUGUCUGUGUUGCCGGUCUUGCAUAGACUAUGUGUGUAACUGUAACGCUUUUUUCUUGCGAUAAGGCGGGCAAGACGCGGGCGGAGGAAAAAAAGGAAAACGCAGCGACGGUUGCGGACGCCAAGGUCGGGAGCGAGGCCGUGGACAAGGCCAUUCAGGUAUAAUUGACGGAAUUUUCAUCUGUUUUCAGCAUGACAGAACAGGUUUCCUUCGCUAUUUGCGCAUUAGGAACAGGUGUAGGUGGACUUUUGAACCUUUAUCAAUCUCGAUUGCCAAAUCGUGAUCGCUGCUUCACAAAGAAAAAUAAUGUUGUUUGGUGUCCUGCAAGAGAAAGUGAAAUUUAGUACUAGUCCCUGAAUUUAAAUUGCAAUGAUAAAAAACUAUCAGAUCCUGAACGAUUUCUAUGGUGACGCUGCGACGAAGACCUCCCUGGUUCAAGUGAAGCAGUAUCCUGUGCAAAAGUAUCGUACUAGUAUGAAUCGCAAUACAAAUUAGCUCAGCAUUACAAACUUCACUUUGUAAUGCUGAUUCACCUUUAUUUUUGUAUUGCAUAACUGCAAUUAGUACGAGUGCGAUACUUUUGCACUGCAUAAGCAGCCAGAAGUGGACAUGUCCGACAUGCCCGACACCUUCGAUUCCCCCUACACGGGCCAACAGUCCAUGGGCGGUGGCGUCGUCGGUAUCAUGGAAGUGAUUCUCUCGGACUUUUUAUUCUGUUUAAAAACGUCCCCACCCGGCCCAGAGUUCUUGUCAUCGACAAAUCUGCAUGACAAGAAGUAGUCUCUCGUGCGAGGGAGACCGAUGAGAGACAUUUUCUAGUCGUGGUUUGGAAUAAUUUGUGAUGCUAGAAACAGCACGAUGUGCUAGAUUUGCGAUGCUCCUGAACUAGCUUUAAACGCAAUUACAUAUAUGAGGACAAACUUGUCAUGCGAAACAAACUAAAGCUGGUGGAUUUGUCUAGCAGAUUUCCCAUCUUGGCUCUGAUAUGGGGACGUUUUUAUGCAGGAUACCUUCUGAAGCUCCUCCAAGAAACCGAAGCUGCGGAGUCCGCCGCACAGAAGGAGUACGACGAGUUGGUCCAAAAUGAAGCCGAGGCCAAAGCCGCCCGGGACGCGCAAAUGUCUCACUAUGCAAUGCAAAUAUGUCAUCUGGUUCCUCUGAAAGAACGCUGCAACUUGUCAAGUUUCUCAUGCGGGAAAGGCAUGAUGGAGAUCUUACGGAAUCUAGCAUGCUAGGUCCUGCAUCUUCCCACCCCUCAUGAUGUGUCAAGGCCAUGGAAAACCUGCUUGACAAGCCUUCGGCUCAUCAUCUGGCAGAUGACCCAGACAUAUUUGCAAUGCAUACCCACUUGGAGAAGACCAAAGCGAAAGCAAAGGCGGACUUGACCCAGGCUAUGGGAGAUUUGGAAACGGAAAAGUCCACCAUGUCGUCGAUCGUCGAGGCCAAGCGCGUGAUCGAACAGGAUAAGGGGUGUGUCAUGGGCGCGGGGAAUAUCCACAGUAAAUUUCCUGUACACGUACAAAUGCGGUCCCUGCAUGACAAAACUUGGCUUCGAUCCUAGUUUAGCAUGACAAGUUUUAUGCUCCAAAUUGGCGAAAUUUGUGAUGCAUCUUGUACAUGUACGGGAAACUUGUAUUGCAUAGGCAAGACACCGGAUGAGCUGUUCAAGGAAAGGUCGGACGCGAGAAAGGCGGAGAUGGAGUCUUUUAUGGCGUUCUCAGCUGUUACAUCCUCAGCUGUUACAUGGAUUUGUGAUGCAAGAACUGCAACAGUGAACAAAUAGGGGACCGACCUUGCGCUUCUCGCAUGACAGAUUUGGCAAAGAUUCUCAGCCUGUUGGGCUCGUCGGGAAUUUGUCAUGCGAAGUAGCUUCAUCGUGCCGAUUCUGAUUGCAAUUUUGCAUGACACAUCAUGUAACAGUUAAGAAUGUAACAUUUGAGAACGCCAUAUCUUUAGGGCAGGCGUUGGAGGUGUUGAAGGUGCAAACGUAGAGGAGUGUUUGUUGUCGGGAUAUUAAUUUACGUAUGCUAUUGCUAGUGCCUUUUCGUACUAGGAAUUGAAGUUUCACUUUCAUCUCAAGGAAUUUUACAAUUUUAGAUUUACUGAAGAUGAGUGUUUCACGCUUUUUUUUCUCUCUCCCCAAAACCCGAGCUGCAACUAGCAGGACGUCCAUUCUCGUUUCUAUAGUCUUAAUGGUACAUCAAAUGGCAGUUAUUUUUUUGGUACAUCUUUUUGGCAAAGCAAGUCCUAGUCUUAAUGGUAAAUCAAUGGUACAGAAGAUUCUCGAGUAGAAUGGUAAAUGGUAAACAAGUCGAAUGGUAAAAGGAGAUCAUGGAUGGACUGUGUUGUGGCUCGACAGUUGUGAGUGAAAGAAGAUAAGAGUGUGUGGGGAAACAGAAAAAAAAACUUGGAAGUACAACAGCUUGUAUGAUUACGAUAUUCACCUUCACGACAAACACAAAAGUACGCACACGGUGCGUUUUGAUUUUAUGUAUGUCAGGCCAGGCUGAUCAUGCUCCAUCAAAAAAACCGUACUGCUGAGAGGUUGUGUUCUUCCAGGCACAUGAUCCACGCGCGCGAUUUCAGUUGUGGCGCGAACAGGAGAGAGGUUAAAGUUGCGUCUUUAGGUCUUUGACCAAGCUAGUGCAGUCGAUUGAUGUUGACCGGUUUCGUGAAGUGUUGUUUCCUGAUGAUGAUGAUGAAGAGAGUGGUGAUACUGUGUCGAGCGGCCUGCGUUUUGCUUCUGAGGAUCCUCCAGAUGACCACCAGCUGUUGACGUUGCAUCUCGAGCGGCAGCACGCGGAUAUCUGCCGCGAGGUCGAAGAGUGCCCCUUCUUCACCACACGGCGAUACGACCAUGGGAGUAGGGCGAUCGCGUCCGUGCGCUGCGUCUGCCAGGAGUGUCGCCAGUUUGUCUCGCGUCGUCAGGCCAGGGGAGCGAGGGCAAGAGCGGCGUCCGGGUCUUCUUCCGUUUCAAUUCCAGACUCGAUUGAUGGUGAUGAUGUUGAUGUAGGGUGCGAGUCAGAUGAGGACUUCGUGCUUGAGGUUGGUGCUCGGGGUGAGCCCAGCCCGGUAGCUAGCCGCGGCGCAGCAGCCGAUGACGAUCCUGCUGAGCUCAAGUUGCGUUUUCCCUCUGACCAACAGCGGCUCUUUGCUAACCUGAAGACCGCGUUUCGGCACAUGCGCUACAGGAAACAGAAAGAUGCGGAAGCGGUUUUUGCGUCACUGAUCCCGCCCCCUCCUGCGAAGCCCAAGGAGACCACUACCAGCGCGAGACCUGUCCGUGCUCUCGACGCUGACGCCCCCCCGCAACGAUCCAAGAAGCCCACGCCCUCCCAAGCGCUUGACCCCGAUCUGCGUCCGGAGCAGCUCGUCGUCGAUGUUGGGCAUGCUGAUGUUGUUGCUGGUGCCGAAGCUGACGGUGAUGACCCUCCCGCGCCGCUUCCCAAGGGUAUUACGUGGUGCACAUCCAUUCCAGGAGCGGAGUCUCGUGCCUUUGGUGGAGUUUUGCUUGUGCGGGUUACGAGCGCCAAGCUCCCUGACGGGACCACACACCACGUUUCCCGCCACGUUGAUCCAGCCGCCUAUGGGAACAGCGCGACUUUAGCAAUCGAAGCGGCAAUUGCGUUGCGGGCUCAGGUCGUCGUUGACCCGGCGCCCUUCAUUGCGAAAACCAGGGCGAUGCGGAAGCCGAAAAAAAAGAAGAAAAGUGGUGAAGGUGUGGCGAUCGCUCUGAGUGCUGUGAAGUAGAUGUUGUUUUUUUAAGAGAUAAGCAUGUUUUUUGUAGUUAGUAGGUCCUGGGGGAGAUAGAGUUUUGGUAGUUUGAAUUUCAUCUUUCUCUGCAUAACUAUGAGGCUUUCCUCUUUUAACAGUAUAGUUCGUUAGUAGCUUCGUGCAAAAAAGAAAAAGAAAUACGAUAUCUCCCGGUCGGUUCGUUCAAACAAAAUAAAAAACACAAAAAAAAAAACCUGUAUCUUUCUAGUAGUGCAGUCUCUCUGUCUC